GUCUAGCGAGUUAUAGUUAAACGUGACAUGAUACACUUGCUGAUAGGUAACUUUCUAACUUUCUCCAACUGUGGAAUCACUGAACGAGCAACCUUUUAUUACGCUUGAUUUUUCCACAACUGCUAGGGUACAAAUGUUAUAACAUUUAUCCGAACUAGGAAACUCUCAAGGAGUGCAAACUGGAUAGCGGUCUGGUAAAGGAGAAAUGGCGACGUCGACGUUAGCACCCAAGUACAUUUUUGGCUUCCGAUCAGACGUUAAAGAUAAUGUCCAAUAUGCGGAGGAUGGCUCGGUGGUGUACCCGGCUGGGCACAAUGUGGUGCUGUACUCACCGGAUACCCGGACGCAGCGGCUUAUCCCGGGCACGCUGGAAAGCGAGGGCAUCACGGCCCUCUGCGUGUCUUCUAACAAGAAGCUGCUUGCGGUUGCGGAGCGCUCGGACAAAGCCAUGAUUAGCGUGUACGACAUGCAAACCUUGAAGCGGCGCAAGGUGCUCAUUUCCACAGAUGCAGGCUCCAAGGAGUACGUGAGCCUGUCGUUCAGCGGCGAUGGCAAGACGCUGAUCGCGCAGGGCGGAGCCCCCGAGUGGAAUCUGGUGCUGUGGGUGUGGGAGAAGAGCAAAGUGGGCAGUGUGGUCAAGACGACCAACCAGCAGGGCGCGCCCAUGACGAGUUGCGCCUUCUCUCCUGGCGACUCGGCGCUGGUGGGGGUGAUUGGGCAGGGCAUGUUCAAGAUGUACCGCAACGCGGACAGCGGCCUCAAGCAAGCCAAUCCAAUCAUUGGGAAACGCGACCCAGCACUCGCGUCAUGUCAGUGUUGGGUUCCCGAUCCCCCGGGCAGCAACGAGCAGCGGGAGCGGCUGCUGCUGGGAAUGGCAGAUGGGGAGGUGCUGCUGCUGGAGGGCACCGACCUGAAAGCCGCCUUCUCCUGCGACAACGGCCUGCCCGCCGUCUCCAUCGCCACCUACUCCAAGGGCUUUGUGGUGGGGCAGGACGGCGGCGUGGUCACCAUCUUUGAGCGGGACGAGAAGGAGUUCUUCCGCAGGGCCCGGGCGUUUACUAUUGAGGGCAACCCAUGCAAAGUGACCUGCCUCGCCAUCUCGCCCAAUGAGGAGCACCUGGUUGCCUCACUGGAGAACAACCAGGUCUAUACCCUGGCGCUCAGCAACCAGGAGAUCAUGAAGCAGGACGAAAUGAACUUUGAGGUCCUGGGCACCCCCAACCACGCGGGUCCCGUCACGGGUCUGGACGUGUGUGUCCGCAAGGCGCUGGUGGCCUCCUGCUGCUCCUCCGACCGCUCCGUGCGGCUGUGGAACUGGGUGGACCGCAGCUGCGAGCUGCACCGCACCUUCGCGGACGAGAUAUUCAGCAUCGCCAUCCACCCCACCGGCCUUAUGGUUCUGGUAGGAUUCGCUGACAAGCUGCGACUGAUGUCGGUUCUGAUGGAGGACCUGAAGCCAAUCAAGGAGCUGGGCAUCAAGGGCUGCCGCGAGUGCUGCUUCUCUACGGGAGGACAGUACUUUGCUGCAGUGAACGGCACCACCAUCUCCAUCUACAACACCUACACCUGCGACAACGUGGGCAACCUGCGCGGCCACAACGGCAAGGUGCGCUCCGUGGCCUGGUCGCCCGACGACUCCAAGCUCAUCUCCGCGGGCAUGGACGGCGCGGUGUACGAGUGGCGCCUGCGCGACCUGAAGCGCGAGAAGGAGCACGUGCUCAAGGGCUGCGCCUACUCGUCCGUGCUGGCCACCCCCGACUGCAAGCUGCUGUACGCCACAGGGACGGACAAGAAGAUCAAGGAGUUUGAGGACUCGACGGGCAGCGGCACCACCAUCUCCAAGGAGAUCGACACGGGCGGGGUGAACCUGACGCAGCUGGUGCUGCUGCCCAACGCGCGAGUCAUGUUCGGAGCCACAGAGGGCGGCUGCGUGCGCACAUACAAGUACCCGCUCACGGGCGAGUUCCAGGAAGCCAAGUGCCAUGCGGCCGCCGUGUCACGACUGCGGGUCUCCUGGGACGAGUCGCUGCUGGUGAGCGGCGGCGAGGACGGCAGUGUGUUCGUGUGGGAGGUGCGCGACAAGGACGCCCGGGCCGCAGCACGCAGGGAGCAGGAGCGGCUGGAGUACUCGGUGGAGGUGCUGGUCACGCGCUCCGAGCUGGACGAGAAGCGCUCCCGCAUGUCGGAGCUGGAGCAGCAGGUGGCGGAGCUGACCAUGCAGACCGAGUACCAGCUCAGGCUCAAGGACCUACACCUGCAGGAACGUGUGAAGGAGCUGACGGACAAGUUCACCGCCGAGUCGGAGGCGGACCGUCAGAAGUUCGAGAGCCUGCUCGCGGAGAAGAACGAGAUGGAGAUGGAGUACGAGGACAAGCUCAAGCAGGCGGAGGAGCGGGCGCAGGCGCAACUGCAGGCGCUAGAUACGCAGUACCAGGCCAAGAUCAUGGCGGAGGUGGAGCGCUACCAGGCGCUGAUGCAGGAGAAGGAGAUGCUGGCGGAGAGGUGGGACGAGCAAAACUCUCUGCUGGUUGAGUCGCACGAGCGGGUGAUUGCGGAGCUGACGGAGGACUACGAGGCCAAGCUGGCGGAGGAGGCGCUCAAGAUUGAGGCGCUGCAGGCAGAGAAGGCCGAGUUGGAGCGGGAAUUUGAGGAGAUCAAGAAGCAGCUGGAGGAGGAUGCGGACCGAGAAAUAGAGGAGACCAAGGAGAAGUACGAGCAAAAGCUGCAGACGGAGCGUGAGACCAGCUUGCGGCUCAAGGGCGAGAACGGCAUCAUGCGCAAGAAGUUCAACGCGCUGCAGAAGGACAUCGAGGUGUGCAACACCCAGAUCAAGGAGCUGUACGAGCAGAAGAAGGAGCUGUACGCCACCAUCGCCAGCCUGGAGAAGGACAUCGCCUCCCUCAAGCGCGAGAUUAGGGAGCGCGACGAGACCAUCGGAGACAAGGAGCGCCGCAUCUACGACCUCAAGAAAAAGAACCAGGAGCUUGAGAAGUUCAAGUUCGUGUUGGACUACAAGAUCAAGGAGCUCAAGAAGCAGAUCGAGCCGCGUGAGGCGGAGAUCGGCGAGAUGAAGGAGCAGAUCAAGGAGAUGGACGGCGAGUUGGAGCGCUACCACAAGACCAACGCCAACCUGGACCUCACCAUCGCCAACAUGCGGCUCAAGCAGUCGGGGCUGGCCCAGGAGGUGUCGGACCAGCGGCGCGACAAGCAGGACGCGCACGCGCUGCUGCGCCGCUUCCAACACGACCUGCAGGAGGUGGUGGGCUUCCUGCAGGAGCCCAAGGUGCUCAAGGAGAAGGUCAAGUGGCUGUACCAGAAGCACUGCGGUGAGCUGCGGCUGGGCCCCGAGGAGGACGGGGAUGUGGAGCGGGAGGCGGCUCGGCAGCGGGAGUACCUGGAGAAAACGGUUGACAGCCUGAAGCGGAAGCUGGCCAAGGACAGUGAGCUGCACCGCACCGACAACCUGCGGAUCAUGCAGGAGAACACAGCGCUCAUCAAGGAAAUCAACGAGUUGCGGCGGGAGAUCAAGUCGCUCAAGGGAGGGGGUGGCGGAGGCGGCGGGGCGGGCAUCAUGGCGGCAGGCGGGGUGGCCGUGGGGGCAGCAGCGGGCGGUGGAGGCGGCAAGGGAGUGAGCGGCGGCAUGGGCAGCGCGCGAGGCGGGCGUGUGAGCCCCGAUGGGGGCGGCGGAGGUGGCGGAGCGGACAACCUGCGGCGGGAGCUGGACAUGCAGCGGGACCUCAUAGCGCGGUUGAGAGAGGAGAUGGUUGUCAAGGAGGCGCGCAUCAAGCAGCUGGAGGCCAUGGUGGUGCCGCGACCCAUCAGCAGGGAGCGACUGCCGCCCAUGGACGGCUUCCCCGCACCGCCGCCCGGGGGGGCAGCGGCACUGGUGGCGGGUGGGGGUGUGCCGCCCAUUCCCACGGCUGCAGGCGGGGGUGGAGGAGGAGGCAUGUCGGGGCAGAUCCUGGCGGGCGCGGCGAUAGCGGGCUCGCUGGGGCCGGCACCGCCCGGGGAAACGGGGGAGCUAUAAGAGGAGUGGGUGACGUUGGGGGGGUUAGGGUGUACGGAGGAGCGAUGACGUUGUAUGUAGGGAUUAGGUGCGGUGGGAGGUGUAUGACACAGUGAACUGCUGCGAUGGUGCUGUGACCCGCGUGUGCUGUACUCCUUGUAACUUUUAGGAAUGCACUUACUGGACCAUACUAGGUUUACCGGUAGGCGGCGGCGCAAGGAUUCGUUACUUGACAUCCCGCUGAAUAGCCCGGGGUAACAGGAAGUAGGACUCCGACUGGGCUGUUUGCAAAGGGCGACGGGUGGUGAUGAUGACGUACACGACUUGAAUGGUGAUAACUCUGACACGGUCAGGCUGCGGUCAUGACGCUGCUAGCUGGUGUAUGCCGGGGUGGACAGCAGCUACUGCAACUACUCGGCGAUGGGUGUGAUGCUGACCCCGCGUGACUAGAGCACAAGACGACUAACCGCGUUGAUGUAUGCACAUCAUGUCAUAGCGUAGGGAGGUGCCCGCUGUGGCAAAGCGGAUGGUAGGUACCGGUAACCUUGGGGGUGCUUUCAACUCGUUUAACUCUAAAAGGAGGGGGGAAUGAAGUUAAUCUUGUACUUAUAAGGCCUAAACCGUUUCGGAUCGUGGGGUCCCACGAUCGCCCUCGAGGGAAGGUAAAAACACUGAUUAA